CAUUAUAGCCGACAUUUCUGUAACGUAUGAGAUGGUAGGGAUGGGAAUAUUUUCGCUGUGGUUAUAAAAGUUAUCCUCGUUUCAAAAGCGGUUUAGUGUGAGACAUUCAAAGUUAGGCGCCACCCCGAAUAAUAAUAAUGGAUGAAGAACAAGUGCAAAUGCUGAGGAGAGCGUUCUCCAUGUUCGACUCGCAAAAGACAGGCAAAAUCGAAAAGGAAAAAGUUAGAACGAUUCUCAAUACUCUAGGACAUACAUUCGAUGAUCAUGAAUUGGAAUCUCUUUUAAAACAGGAGGAUGAAGAAGACAGUGGAAAGCUGAACUUUGACUCGUUCUAUAAAGUAGCCUGUCAUUUUCAAGAAGAGGACGAUGAGGCUUUACAAAAAGAAUUAAAAGAAGCCUUUAGAUUGUAUGAUAAAGAAGGAAAUGGUUAUAUACCCACUAGUUCUCUUCGUGAAAUUUUGGCUGCUCUUGAUGAUCAAAUCACUCCUGAUCAAAUGGAUGGCAUGAUUGCCGAAAUUGAUACUGAUGGAUCAGGCACAGUAGAUUUUGAUGAAUUCAUGGAGAUGAUGACUGGCGAUUAAAACCCAUCAAAACAUGGAUAAAGAAGAGUUAAAUUUAUAUGAUCUCUCAUCGCAUUGUUACAAUUAUAUUUAUAUGUUGACUGUUGGUUACACUUAAUAAAAUUAGACCAUCAAAAAUUCCUUAUUUAUAAUAAUAAUAAUAGUAAUAUUAAUAAUAAUAAUAAUAAUAAUAAAAAUAAUUCAAGUCUUAUUCAUGUAUGUAUUAUAAUUAAAUGUUAUCAAAAAUUGAUAAUUCAUUAUUACCUUGUAAAAUAAACUUUUUUGUUUUUGGAUUCUGAAA